CCAGUGGAUGACAUUGAGAGCGAGGUGUUUGUGCAAUAUCAGCUACGCCGCUCCUAUACCUCCGCAGAUCGAGCGCCUCUUGCAAUAUAUCCAAAGACAUUGCGACGCACUGGUCGCCCCAACGUAUACUAUUUUAAAUUGUAUUAGUCUCGUUAUAUACAAAACAUAAAAUGUUUAACGUAUUUGUAGUUUGUUUAUUCGUAGUUUUAGGAAAUAGUUAUGCAGCUAUUGAUAUCGCGCAAUAUGUGCCAGUUUGCGACAGAAAUGCACCCGACGUCAACGAUUGUCUAAUAGAUGCUGUAAAAAAGGGUCUUCUUGCUAUGAAGAAUGGAAUCAAGGACUUAGGUGUGCCAGCUAUUGAUCCAUUCCAUCAAAAAGAACUGAAGAUGGAAUACACUAACAAUCAGAUCUCUGGUAAGGUUUUAGUGACCGACACAUAUGUCGAAGGCGUCACAGAAUCCACGGUCAAAGAUGUAAGGCUGCGCGCCGAGGAUGACAGUUUUCAUAUGGAAAUCGAUAUGUUCAGCCCUCAAAUAUUUUGCAAGGGACGUUUUAGUGGUGGCGGAAGUUACAACGUUUUACGUGUCAACGCUUCUGGCGACUUUAACACAACGAUGAGUGACUUGACAUACACGUGGAAAUUGGACGGCACCCCUGAACAAAUUGACGGUGAAACUUAUGUUAGAAUAACAUCAUUCUACAUGCGACCCGAUGUUGGCAACAUGGUCACGCAUAUGACGAACGAAAAUCCCGAUAGCAAGGAAUUGACUGAUCUUGCCAUACGCAUUACAAAUGAAAAUUGGAGACUACUCUACCGCGAACUUCUACCUUUCGCACAGAGCAACUGGAACAAAAUCGGCAUACGUAUAGCCAACAAGAUCUUCCUAAAAGUACCAUACAACCAGUUAUUUCCCAUUAAAUCUUAAAUUGUGAAAUUACAACUUAAUAAUAAUUAUUUAUAUUUAUGAAA